AUGUCGACUCAAGGUCUCCUUGCAAAGGGCGUUCCCCCUCAACCCCUCUGGCUCCUCUACAUCAAGAUCGCGAUUUUGGUGCUCUCACUCGUCACACUCGCUCUCGGUGCUUGGGCCGUAUCAAUCUUUGGUGGCUAUGCUGGAGGAUAUGGUGGCCCAACUGGCGCCGGUGGUCUUGUCAUCUUCACAGCUAUCUGGUCCUUCAUCGUCUACGGCGGCGCCGCAGCCAUUGAGAUCUUGGCCCCUCACUUCUUCUAUCGCAUCGGUGCUCUGGUCGGUUACAUCCUCCACAUCAUCUUUUGGCUCUCCGCCUGGGCCUGGUCUGCCAGCGCCGCUUCCUUCUGGCUCUCGUACACGUAUGGCAUUGGUUUCUACGACUCUGCGUGGAAGAGAGAGGGCCAGGCUCUCGGUGCCUGCGCCGGUCUCGGUGCUUUGAUCUGGGUUCUUUCCAUUGUGCACUUGGUCUUCUUCAUCCGUGCCUCCCUGGCUGAUCCUGAGGGGUCUGGCCCGGCCCCUGGCACCGCCGGCCAAGCUGAGCUCGGCCAGGUCAAGCCUGAGCAGCAGUACCCCGCACAGCAGACCUAUCCUGUCCAGCAGACUCAAUAGAUGCGCUUCAUGCAGGUGAAGCUGCACGUUGGUCUGUGAGGGUGGUGAAGGAAAUUGAGUUGGUGUCGUCACGCCAGAUGAGAGGUUGCAGUCGGGGACGGGGAAUGAGUUUGAUGUUUUCUUUUAUUGUUCAUGAUACCAAAUGGCAAGCGAUGGGCUAUAAUGGAGUUGGAUAUUUACUGGAUGGGAGUUGCUUUCCUUGUUUUGAUUUGGAUGGCGACGGAGUGAGGCACAGAUACCCCUAUCGAUGAAACUGAUUAUGGAGUGAAGUUGAUUUGUGCCGUUUGCAUGACCCGUCAGCAGUAUAGGCAAGGAAUAUUUAAUAGCUAUUUUGCUAAUUUCCUCUCCUCUUCAAAUCCUCCUUUCCGAUUAAAACUUCUCUAGACAAUGGAUCUCACCUGUUCGCCCAAGGUUUAAAUUGGACAACAUUCCGGUGGGUAUUUACUCCGUGGCAUGAAACUACCUAUAUAAAUGAAACAGCUCAGGUAGUCAUGUAGAUGAACACCCCAAAAGAAAAUAU